GACUUGUAGACAGAAAAGCAUGUUUUACUUAUUUAUAAUACUCUUCCCAUUUCAUUCUUUUAUACAGAGAUUAAAAGAAUUAAAGCACCGAGAAUUUGCUCGAAACGUAGCUUCCAAAUCAUGGAAAGAUGAGAGGAAACAAGAAAAAGCACUUAAGCGGCUCCAUCAGCUGGCUGAGAUGCGGCAACAAUCUGAAUGUGUUUCUGGAAACGGACCAGCAUACAAAACCCCGAGGAUAGCCAUGGAAAAGCAGCUCCAGCAGGGAAUUUUCCCAGUUAAGAAUGGCAGAAAGGUUUCCUGCAUGAAAAGUGCCCUUCUCAAGGGGAAGAAUGUGCCCAGAAGCACCAUGGAGAAGCAGCGACCGGCCAUGCCAAACCGACAACAGCUACAAUCAGAUAGGCGACACUUGUUUGGGAAUCUGAUAACACAAACAUCUUCAGAUCUCAGCAAUGCAAACCACAGGACAGGAGUUUCAUUUUCAUUUUCAAAAAAAGCCUAUCUAAAAUUAGAAUCCUCUGCCUCCGUUUUCAGCGAGAACACAGACGAUGCACAUGAUAUUAACAAGUCACCCACCUAUAAAGUCAAACGAACAGUUGAGAAAUGCAAGUGUUGCAGGCUUGCAAAGGAGGGUGCAGACCUUACUAAGGAAGAAGGUGUCCUCUCUUCAAGCCAUCUGGAGGGUGUUUUAAACAACACCUUCCUGAUGAACUCAAAAAUUUCACGCAACAAGCAUGAACCUAUUAACGGGAGACUGAAGCAUUCAGGCAUUCACGCAGCUUUCUCUAAAUCUCACUUCCAUGUUUCAGAGAGAGAGUUUACUCUUUCCAGCAGAGAGAAAGAGAUUAAGAAUGCAUUGAAGAAUACUUCGGAAAACUGUACUAGUCACCGAUGCCAAGCAAAUGAAUCCUCCAGUCCACUAAACACUUACAAGCACAGUGAUAGUAGGUGGUGUGAAUGCCCGGAUGAAUUUUUGCCUUCAGGACUAAGUGAGCAAAAGACUCAAGCACAUCGAAUUCCUAACUCCAGAACAGAGGACAGAACAAAGUCUUUAGACAAAAUGGAAAGGAUGAGCAAAAAUGUGCAAAGACUUUGCAGAGAAGAUUGUUCACAUGAUCUGAAGUCCAAACCAUUGUCUUUCCUCCGUGUACAGAGCAAGGAUGGUCACACCACUCUACAGUGGCCUACAGAACUUCUCUUCUUUACCAGAACGGAACCUUGCAUAUCUUAUGGCUGCAAUCCUUUAUAUUUUGACUUCAAACUGUCUCGCAACACAAAGGAUGAGCGUAAUUCGGAGAAUAUAGAAACAAAGUUGGUGAAGGAGGCUUUAGAAGUGAAGACAAAAACAGAGAGCCAAGUCUCAGGAUUAAUUAAAGAACAAGAAAAAUCGACACAGGAAAAUCAGUCUCUGAAACCAAAGAUGAUUAUGGCUAACCCAGAUUGGGGAACGUUCCAGAGAAAAUACAGUCUGGACUCCAUUGAUUCUGACUCUACUGUGAGUGAACAUGCUAGUCUAAGAGACUUGGAAAUGGAAAGUCCUGAAGUGCCUGCUUACCUUAAUCUGUCUCUAAAGGAUGGUUUAGGAAACAAAGAUGCUGACGAUACUGAAUUUAUGGAAGUAUCAAAUGCCCACUGGCAAAGUUGCAAACGGGCAAUUCACAAUAAUGCCUGUGCAGGUCUGUCUUUCUCUCCUCAUAUAUCACGGACUAAAAACCACAAGCGGAAUCCCCAUAGUCCACAGUCCGAGUUUGAAGAAGAAAACCAACAUACCUGGAAUCUUAGUCUUUACACAUCAGGGGAUCACAGUGAACAUGGGAAGGAUACAGGUGCAAGUUUAAGUAGCUGUGACAUCAGUACGGCCAGCAGAGCGUCUACAAGUAGGAAAGCAAGUUAUGACAGAUAUUCUCCAGUGUCACCUCUGAGGGGCCAUCCCAGAACUGGGCAUGAAUCUUCUAGAAACAUGUCCAGCUGGAGAAACAUGUGUACAAAUCAUAGGUCUAAGGGGAGUAACAGCAGUCAUUUGCUCUACUUCUGUAAAAGAGAAUGUGACCCGGUUGAAAAGCACGUGUGCACACACAGAAAGCACAAUAGCCUCUACAUGUCUGAUGUGCCUCUAUGUGGUCAUUGUACUCAGUCAGAAACACAGAGAGAUGGGAGUGGUAAACUAUCAGAUUCAUUUAAAACUAAAAAACGAUCAAAACACAGAGACCAUAACUGCAGAGAAAGGUACAAACUGAGUAAAAAUCAACAAUCGGUAGGGCCCAAACUACCCAGAAUUUUCCAUUGUGAUUCUGCCUCUCGGCUUUCAAUUGAAGAAAAGAGUGAAAAAUCCUUAAAUGGCCGGGAACUUCAGCACAGCAAAUUGGCUUCUUAUUUGAGACAGAGAGCUUACUGCUUAAAUAAAAACAAGAGAAGCAAAAAAUCUUUAGCCGGCCUUCACAUUGGUGGUGUGGGAAAAGUUAAGUGCAGACGAUGUAACUCGGGCACUCCCAACUACCUUCUAAGGAGUAGUACAGGUGGCCCUUCAGAAACCACACAGUCAAACAUUCCAGAUGGAGAAGGGCCAUCUCUGACUGCCAAGGGUCUUUUGGAAAGAGUGCAAGCCAAGAAGUGUCAGGAGCAAUCAACAAAAUUAGAGCUCUCCUCAAGCAGUUGUUUAAAAGAAUCGCAGACUCAUUCACAAACUCAAUGCACAACUCAACGUGGGCCACCAAGUUGUAGGGGAGCAGCAUUGCCUUUUUCAAAGAGGAGGCAACACAUAGGCAAAAGAAAAAAUGAUAAAGGUAGCAUGGUUCAUAAAACGUCUGACUAUGACAAAGUCAAAAACUCACAAAAAAGUAAUUCGACCGUUUUGUCAGACACUGAAUGUGAAAACUAUCUUUCCAAAGGCAUAAGUGAUUCAGUGAUCGACUCUCAUUCUUUAAGCAGAAGAAACAACCAGACUGCAAAGGAACCAUCUAAAUCUUCAAUUAGUGAAGUCCAGCCUUUUCUGCAAAGCUGUGACCCAGUACCAAAUGAUUUUCUUGGUGCUUUUCCAUCUAACAGAUAUACUGGUGUAACUGAUUCAACAGAGACCAAAGAUGACCAGAUAAAUCUUGACUCAGAGGGUGUAAGCACAUCUGUAAAUCGUGUGGAGGGGAAUAUAAACUCUUAUUAUGACAGAGCUAUGCAGAAGCAUGACAAAAUGGAAGAUGAAUUAGAGAUGUGUCAUAAAUCUCUGUCACCCCCUUUAAUUCAACAGCCCAUAACAUUUUCUCCCGAUGAAGUAGAUAAGUACAAACUUCUCCAGCUACAAGCCCAGCAGCAUAUGCAGAAGCAGCUCCUGUCGAAGCAUCUCCGAGUGUUGCCUGCUGCAGGGCCCACUGCCUUCUCUCCUGCCUCCGCCGUGCAGACAGUCCCCGUCCACCAGCACACAUCCAUCACCACCAUACACCACACAUUUCUACAGCACUUUGCUGUUUCAGCGUCCGUAAGUUCUCACAGCAGUCCCCUCCCCGUAGCUCAUCUCCACCCUCUGUCACAGCCACAUUUUACUCCGAUUUCAUUUUCAACCAUGGCUCCAACCAUUAUCCCUGGACACCCUACUUUCCUGGGUCAUCCUUUACAUUUAGUUGCAGCUGCCCCCUUCCACCCAUCACAUAUGACGUUCCAGCCCCUGCCUUCUGCAGCAUUUAUUCCCACAUUGUUUGGUCCUCAUUUAAACCCAGCCACCACUUCUAUUUUCCACUUGAAUCCUUUAAUACAACCAGUGCUACAAGGUCAAGAUCUUUGCCAUCUCUCUUGCUCCAGCCAGAUGCAACAGUUAAGUAGUGUGAAAGAGACCUUAAAUAUGGCAGUACACUUGAACUAAUCGUUAUUACAGCUCAUCUUACGAAUAAAUAACCCCAGUUGUUGCUACUUGUAAAGCAAUGCAGAAACAUCGUCUCUCUUGUUAGCAAAACAUUUAAAAUUAUGGUGCCAAUUCCAAAUGUAACUAAUUCAUACGUAUAAACUGAACUAUCAGUAUUGAAAUGGGAGCCUUUUAAGAACUUCUUUUUCUGACGAAUAGAGCAAAUUAAGAUAAUUUAUGAGAAAAAAAAGUGCUGGUUUGAGAAGAAUUGUGAAUUAAUGCUAUAAACUGGUAAGAGAAAACAUUCUGGGAUAACAUAAAUAUUGUGAAGAAGACGUAAAACACCCUGUGUUUGAAGUGUUUGCUGAAUGAGCUCUGAAUGAAUGUGAAUUUCACUUUUACUUUUCAAAUAAUAGUAACAAGUCAGUAAAAUGAAUAAAUAAUUAAGGAGAAGCCCUAUUGUUAAAUGUUGGCUGUGCUACUAAUGAUAUUGUCUUUUUAAGACCUAUCUCAUAGGACCCAAGAGAUUUUAAUAAAUACUCUGAUGGAUACAAACUGAGAACAACUACACAACUAACUUUAUAAUAGUAGAAAUUUUGUGGAAGGUCAAUUUGCUUCACUUCACAUGUAACAAUAUCAUGAUAAUCUUGUAAGAAUCACUAGGAUUAGGAGUUAAGAAUGUUUAAAUUUUAUGUUAGGAAGCAUACAAAAGAUACUGUUAGUGUUUGAUAAUCAAAAAUAAAAUAUCCAUAGAAUAA